AUGCAUAAUGGUCAAAUUUCACAAUUUCCUAAAAUCAAGCGCAGAUUAUUGGAGGCCUUGCCUGAUCCUUUAUUCUUGCUGCCUCAAGGGCAGACGGAUUCUGAGUAUGCCUUUGCAUUGUAUUUAAGCCAUUUGAAGGACCCUGAGAGCUUGGAAGUAUUCUCACAUCAAGAGCUGAAAGAGGCUAUGUUGCGUACUAUCCAAGAUAUAAAUCUCUGGUCCAGAGAGGCUGGUAUCAAAGAGGUGAGCAAGUUACAUUUUAACCUGUUAGCCAAGUCUCUUGAACUUUUGCAUCACUGA